AUUUCUAAUUUAUUUUGUAUUUUUGAACCAGACGGUCGGGGGGCUCCCCCUUAGUGCGCAUGCGCGGGCAAGGUCGUCCCAUUUAUCACACUUCGGGGCAACACUGCUUUUUUUUUUUUUUGGCGAGAUACUCAAAAAAAAAAAAAAAAAAAAAAAAAGCCAAAGCCAUUUUCAGCAAACAAGUUUUUUAUCUCUGCUUCUCCGUAACAGCCAUCCCUUCUAAAUGAAAAAUCAGUCAUUUUCAUCAAGUGCCCGGCCAAAUAUUAUCUACAGUCCAUUCAGAGAGAUCGAAUCUUAUUUAGACCCGCGAUCCGACAUCUGUUUUCAAAUUUGAUCUGCUAUGAACUUUAUUUUCCGAGUUUCAGGAAAAUUAUAUUGCAUCGAUCGGAGCACUGGCUCUGUGUACAUAUAUUUUCUUGCCGCUUCGGCUGUUGAGCGUCUUACAGCACAAAGUACCGCGCUGGGAGGAAGCUUAUAUUUGGUCCUCUCUCUCACACAUUCAAGCAUAUUGCACACUAAACAAUGGGCACUGUUUUUUACCGCCUUUAAUUACACAUUAAUUCUUUCACACCCUCCAUUUUUAAGUACCCUAAUCGUUUGUAAGGAUUAUUAUUGUUUUAUUGUUUUUUUAAUUUCGGUAUAUAAGUCGGGGUUUAUUGCUUUUUCCAUCAACAGCCAUACCAGCUAUCAAUAUAAAAAUAAGUUUUCUGAUGAAAAAUAAAACAUCUCACAACUUCACUUCUGUGGGUUUAUCUGGCAUGGACUAUCACGGGAAAUGAAGAAGAACUUACACAGAUUCGCUGAAACACCGUUAGCAGAGUUGCACGGUUCCUGCCGAAAAACAACCUGAAGUGGCCUCGGAGACCGAUUAAUGUCUUUGGAGUCGUGUUGGGUAUUGGGACACUAGUUAGACAGUGGAGACACUUCCCAGUUUGCACUACAGCGAUGGUGGCUCGUUUUCACAACCCGCCGGAUAAAGUCGAACAGCCCUUGGUAGCCCAGUGUCGCCAACUGCGCUUGUAAGGUCUGCUUUGCGUUUACAAUGGACUGUAACUGUGUCAGCGACCUUCUCCUUAACCCUCCUGUCCCAGCUCUCUGGACUCCAGGGAUAGCCUUCCCUGACUGGGCCUAUAAACCUGAGUCAAGUCCUGGCUCAAGACAAAUCCAGUUAUGGCACUUCAUCCUCGAACUCUUGCAGAAAGAAGAGUACCAGAAUGUGAUCGCUUGGCAAGGGGAUUAUGGCGAGUUUGUCAUUAAGGACCCAGAUGAAGUUGCACGGCUGUGGGGAAUUCGGAAGUGCAAACCCCACAUGAACUAUGACAAACUCAGUAGAGCACUCAGGUAUUAUUACAACAAGCGAAUCCUCCACAAGACCAAAGGAAAGCGAUUCACCUACAAGUUCAACUUCAGCAAAGUAGUGCUCGUCAAUUACCCGCUGCUGGAGAUGGCCAACUCGCCUUUUCUGCUGGCCCAAAACCAUUUCAACGGCUCACCAGCGCAGGACUGCAGCCCCAUCACACCGGAGGCUCUUCAGACUUUGUUUCCUCGCCUGCCAGAGACAGGAUCCCGAGAUGGCCGUACUAAUUUGUUUGACAGAAUCAUUCCAGGCUCGGACACAGACAAAAUACGGCUAGACACAACCUUUCCCUUUCUUGGAACAGGUGGCCCCUGCUACUCCAAGCCCACAGGACUGUUAGCACCAUACAGCCGCAGUCCACAAUUUUCUGAAUAUCCAUGGAACUUUAACCCCUACUUGCCAGGCGCAUUCUCCUUGAACAAUCCCAAACUGCCCACAGGCUCCAUGUACCCUCCACAUUUCUAUCCCAAUCCUUUGCAAACCUCCCUGUCCCAGCUGCCAAGCCCUUUCUCUUCCCUGUUGCCUGGAGUGGAUGGGCUGGAGCAGAGCACUCUCAGAGGUCAAACUCCAGCAAGUAUUGGAGGGGCUUUGGCUCGUCUUUGUCAACCACCGUUCCCUGCUGGCUUACCCCUUGGCCGAGGGAUAGAGUUGGUACAUAGCAGUGGAGAGAGGGAGGCGCCACACACUCCAGGAAGCGGAGUCGGAGGUGUGCAGAGUCCUGUUCCUCGAGGUGUGAAAGAAGAUCCAGGCUCUGAUUCGGAACUGGAAAUAACUGACCUUAGUGAGUGCAGCUCAGACAAUGAAAAUGAUAGCUGCGACUUCCGAGGAGAUCAAAAUAAAUCACUUUCAUCUCUGGCAAUCUUGGAAGGUAAAACUGCACUUCAUGGUCCAUCAGUUGUGGCACCUACACCCCCACAUAAACUUUUAGGCUGUGUGCCACCUACUGCACGACUGGCUAUUGGCCUUCCAGGAACAGAAAAACUGCAAACGACUGCCGCUGACUGUAGCAGAGACACAAACAGCAGUAUUGUCAAAAGUUAAUAGGGUGCAGUAGAAACAUCUAACUGGUGGUGAAGGCAGUCCAUGUCAUCACCCAGUGCUGCCUUGUAAAUUGUAAUGACAGCCAGUUGAGCUCUAAUCUAGCAGAGAACAGAGAUAGGACAAUGGCAAUAACUGUUGCUUCACAUCAUGUUGUAUUGACAACAAAAUUGGGGUGGGGGGGAGGAAAAAAAAAUAUGUUCAUGCACCAAGGUUCAGUUUCCACAAAACACCUACAAACUGCUGGAAUCCUUCUGAUCUUAGUCUACUGGUCUACUUCCAGAAUUGUUUGCAAUUGCUGAGCUGAGCCAAUUAUUAACAACCUUAAUUAUUCGCCUAUGUAAAUAAAACAGUGUUUAAUCUAUCUAAAUUUUAAAUAAAAUGUCCUCUUUUCAAAAAAGCAAGUCAGGAAACCUUGAAAGAGUUUAGCCUAAGACUAGCACUCCCCCUAGUGGAUACAUCCAAUUUAUUUUUGCCUAAUUUUUUCCACACGAGGUGACUUGAAAGUAUGUGUGAUAUUUUUCGAAUACAUGCACAUAAUUCAUUGAAGGUUAAGAAUUUUGUGCUAAAAGGUUUAGUCAUAAUGUAAGUAAUGUGGAAAAUGCAAAAUGGUUGUAUUCAGAUGCACAAAAAGGCUUGUAAGAAUUAUUUGCAUCUUUCUCUGUUUGGUUUUUCUUGACUGGUUGGAAUGCACUAGUUUAGUGCUGAACUGGACAGGCAGUUAUUUGUCACCUGCCCCAAGCAACUGUUCACUUGUGUUAAAUACUGUAUAAAUGUUUAGAAAUAAAAAAGAAAUAAAAGCAAAGAGAAUAAAGAAAAACAAUUUAAAUUUAAAGUUUAUUGAAAGAAAAUCUGUUUUAAGGUUGUAUUUGUGAAUUCCCGUGUGUAAUAAUUGUACUUGGUGUUCAGACAAAGAAAACAAAAAUCGAAAUCUGUUUUUAAAUGUAGAUAGAAUCUGAAAUGCUCUCCUGUGUACAAUUUCAUAAGUAUAAAGCAUUUUAAUGUAUUCUUCUGUAAUAAUAGUCUACAAAUGAAUACCUUCAGAGCAAUAAAUUCUGGUGUUUAAACUAAUGUUCUGGGAAAUAUUUGUGUUACAUUGAGAGGAACGUCCGAUUUCCAAGACAAGAAUACGCCUAAAGGGUUUUGUGGUCAUACACUUUCCUUUCUAAGGAGAAGUAUAAUCUAAUGUUGAAAUUAAAAUUAACCUGUAGAAAAAAAAAAAAAAAUCUAGAUUGUAUAUUAUGGUAUUCUGUGCAACGCUAGCAUGGAUGCUUACAAGUAGUAACAAAUGAUGCUUCUGCUGUUUCUAGAGACCAAGUGUCUUGGUCACUUUACGCAGUUAAGCACGAGCAUGUAAGACAGCCAGGAGAACCGAUUACCAAUGAACUAAACAA